CUUCGUUCAGCGAGGUUAGCCGAACCAGAAAUCGUGACUCUGGCCGAGUCGAUUCGUCGGCGAAAGAAGGAGAGGCUUGCUUGCACAUUCAUAAAGACGGAACAAACCUGUGGAAGUGAAUGUGCCAAGGAGGAAGGAGCUGAUCGACGGGCAGAGGAGAUAAAGAGAGAGUGUGAAAGCCAACCGCGGCUACCCAAGCUAAUAAUCAAAUUGCCUCGCCGAUCAUCUGAAAGCUACUAUGAAUCAAAGAAAAAGAAGAAGAAAAAACGAAAGAAGAAGGAUUACGAUAGUGAUUGGGAAGGAAGCGAUCGUUCAAGACGGAAAAAGCGUAUGAAACGAGAGAAGGGAAGCAGCUCUGGGUAUGAAGUACGAAUAGUGGAAAGAGAUAAUGAUGAGGAGGGUAAAACGCCAAGAAUAGAGGAAGAACGAAUAGAUGUGAGCAUGUUUUCGAAGAAGAGGAGGUUGAUGAUGCAGUGGCAAGAAGGUCAGGAAAGUCAAAAUCGAGAAAACGGAGAGCAUAAAACCAACGUCAAAUCGCACUCCUAUCGCCUAAGAAACGAUUUCAACACAGAAGCGGUAAAAGCUCGCCUGUCGAAAUUUGGACCAGCUGACGGCCAUCUUCCGAAAGGAACGUUUGUUGUCUGCAAAGCAGAUCUAUUCCGGGAUGACUGUGCGUUAUGGAGGGUCGACAAUCAGAACAUGAUACAAAAGUAUCCACCUAGGAUUGACCCUGCCACAAAAGACAUAUGUUAUAAGAACAGCAGCACGUACUCUGGAUGGUGUGACCAAGUCGCUUUUGGAUACUACCGUGUCGCUAUAAAACAUAUCAAGCAGACACGAUCGGAAGCGAUAAUACAGCCCGAAAUUCCCAUUUCUGAUCUCUUUCCUGCGAUGACCUCAGAAUGCAAUGACACAAAUGGUUUUGUGAAAGGAGAA